ACAACAGGUGCCGAGACCAUGAUGCGCCGCUUCUGGAAGUCGGUCGCCCUCGAGCCUCGCGACGGCGACUACGCCGUCCUCCUCGACAAGCGCACGCUCAAGACGCCCGGCGGCACUCAGCUCCUCGUGCCCAAGGAGCGCCUGCCCGUCGCGCUCUGCAUCGCCGACGAGUGGGAGAACCAGACGACCGUCCUCAAGCCUCACACCCUCCCCAUGACCUCGAUCGCUGCGCGCGCCCUCGACGGGCUCAACACGGCCGAGGCGCGCAAGGACGUCGUCGCGUACCUCUUGCGGUACCUCGACACCGACACUGUCUGCUUCCACGAGUCGUUCCCGGAGCGACUGACGCGGCUGCAGGACGCGCACUGGAAGCCGCUCAUCUCGUGGGUCGAGGAGACGUACGGCGUCGAGAUCAAGCUGUACGAGGGCAUCCUCGGCAACAAGCAGUCGGACGCGACGGUGCUCAAGCUCGGCGCCGUCGCGUCCGAGUUUGACCACUUCAAGCUCGCCGCGUUCGAGCGUGCGGUGCUCGCGUCCAAGUCGUACCUGAUUGCGCUCGCGCUCGUCGAGGGCCACCUGACGGUCGACGAGGCGGCGCACGCGGCGCACGUCGAGGUGCAGAGCCAGAUUGACCGUUGGGGCGAGGUCGAGGACACUCACGACGUCGACCACCACGACGUGCGGGUGCGGCUCGGGUCGGCGGCGCUGUUGGUUGCGCACCAGGGGCAGCUUGCAUAGGCUGUAGCGAGACUAGUGUCAUGUACCUCUAUUGCAGUC